AUGCAAAUCCUAUCUCUAGCCUCUCAUUAAGUUAGGAGAAGGGGUUCUUCUCCUCUUUCUCCUAUAGAACAUCAUUAACUUUAGCUGUCGUGUAACCAAGUUAGUUUGUCCCAUAUCAUUGUCAUUUGGUUUGUUUCUCCCUUGGUUUCUUUUUGUUAAACUAUGGUCCGAGCCUUCGGACACCUAAACAGCGUACAGAAGUCCAGAUCAUUCAAUUUCAAGAAGAUGUUUGAUAUUCCAGGCCGGCAGGUUCAGAGUAUGAUCAUUGAGAAUGGGCAGGAUGGUUUAGAGGCUGCAGAAGAGAAGGUGCUUUCAAGAUGUCAUGAAACGAGGUUUUUAGGAAGUCCAUUGGAGCGCCACCAUAUUGGUUCGUCGGCUGAUCGUUGCAUGGGUCCAAUUUCACGGUUGGAUAGAAGUGGAGCUGGGGCAGGAAGUCCUCAAGCUGCCAGGCCAAAUUCAGAUAUGGAUAUGAUGAAGGACAGGUUUUCUAAGCUGCUUCUUGGUGAAGAUAUGUCGGGUGGUGGAAAGGGUGUUUCUUCGGCUUUGGCUUUGUCAAAUGCCAUCACAAACCUUGCUGCAUCUGUUUUUGGAGAAAAAUCGAAGCUGGAGCCCAUGUCUCCAGAGAGGAAAUCAAGAUGGAGAAAAGAAAUUGAGUGGCUUUUAUCUGUAACUGAUCACAUUGUGGAAUUUGUUCCUUCACAACAGAAAUCCAUGGAUGGAACAAAUAUGGAGAUAAUGGUGACAAAACAAAGAAGUGAUCUGCUCAUGAACAUUCCUGCACUCCGCAAGCUUGAUGCAAUGCUCAUUGGCUACCUGGAAAACUUUGGAAGCCAAAACGAGUUCUGGUAUGUGUCCAAAGAUGCCAAUGAAUCUGAGCAGGGUAACGCCGGUAGAAAUGAUGAUAAAUGGUGGUUACCCACUGUUAAAGUUCCAUCGAAUGGACUAUCCAAUGUCUUCCGAAAAUGGCUGCUCUUUCAGAAAGAAUCUGUGAACCAAGUACUAAAGGCAGCCAUGGCAAUAAAUGCUCAAGUAUUGUCAGAAAUGGAGAUCCCUGAAAGCUAUAUUGAAUCCCUGCCAAAGAAUGGGAGAGCAAGCCUUGGAGACUCGAUCUAUAAGAGCAUUACAGUAGAGUACUUUGAUCCAGGGCAAUUCCUCUCAACCAUGGACUUGACCACGGAGCAUAAAGUGCUUGACCUUAAGAACAGAAUCGAGGCCUCGAUUGUGAUUUGGAAGAGGAAGAUGCACAGCAAGGAUGGAAAGUCUGCUUGGGCUUCAGGUGUGAGCUUGGAGAAGAGAGAACUCUUUGAAGAAAGAGCAGAAACCAUCUUACUCCUACUUAAGCAGCGGUUUCCAGGACUUCCACAAUCUGUACUUGACAUAUCGAAGAUCCAAUAUAAUAUGGAUGUGGGACAGGCUAUUUUAGAGAGCUAUUCAAGGAUAAUAGAAAGCUUAGCAUUCAAUGUCCUGUCCAGAAUUGAGGAUGUCCUGUAUGCUGAUUCUCGCACUCAAAAACCACUACAAGCAGAACCCAACAGGAACAGUGCAGUGGAUUCUUCACCAUUGGCUCGUGAAGAGAUAGACAAGUGGUGUUCUUCCGAGGCACCGAAUUCAAGGACACUAUCGGAUUUCAUGGGUUGGAAUUGGGAUAAGGGAGCAACUGAAAUGAAGAAGAAUUACCCAACAGGCAAUGUGGACAGCUACUUUAAAGAAGAAAAUGACAGGUAUAAGAGCAAACUUGGGAACGUUGUGACCGCCAAGAAGAUGUCCUAUUUAGAGAAGCUUGAGAACCUGAGUGGACUAAGAAGUCCAACGGCUCGCCAUUAGUGCCAGUAGCAAAAGAUGACAAAGAAAGGAAGAAAAAUACAAUUGAGAUAGAGAGGGAGUGAAAUGUAGGGCUAACAAAUUAUAUCUGCAAGUCAGUGUGGAAGACAUACGCUGUAAAUCAAAUUUUGUCAUGGCAAGUGUGUGGAAGGUGUCUUACGAAACAGACUUGCAAGUAGAAGGACGACUCAAGCUAAAAGCUAAAAGUGUAAAUAUCCAGACCCAUGUAGGAUUCGGUUGAGUUAGUAAUUCUUGUCUUCGUGCUUCCUUCCGAGCGUGGAAAGGGAAGUCUGCAUUUUAUUAGUGCGGUUGAUGCACUUGGAAUGCACUUUAA